GUUCCGUAACAAAUCAGUCUAACAUUGCACGGUGUUCGUUUCGUUUGUACUGAAAUACCAAUAUUUAGGCCAAACACUUUGCCGACGUAGGACUGUUCCUUUGUUGUUUGUGUAUGUUGUUCAACAUCAAACUUAGGUCAAAAAGUUACAAAAAAAUCUUCAUUCCCUUGCUAAGGCAAGGAGACGUUCCCAAUCCAUUCAAAAAAUACAUUCAAUCCACCAGUGUUUUACGCUUUGAUUGUUUUUUUUUUUUUGUGUUUGUGCUUUGCCUUUAUUUGUCCAAUUAAAUUGACUUUGUCGCGACAACACAGUCCAGUCAGUGUGGUAAAUAAAAGCUAUAAAUGAAGAGAUCAUGGAAUUAUAAUAAAUCGUGUUCUAUUAACUGAACGAUAACGACAACUGAAAGAUAACACAUAUACACUGCACACCAGUUGAUCGUCUCAAAAGGAAAGCAAACGUACAAACUAAACAUUAAGCAAACACAAACACGAUUCAGUUUCGUUUAUUUAGUUCAACAUGAACAACAUAAAUCUAAUUGUGUCUGCUGUAUUACUCAUUACGACGUCAAUUCAAUGUACGUCAACUAAACAAAUUGUCGAAAGACACAAAUUUGUGAAGGAACAACGAUUCGAACCGAAUUGGGAAAGUCUGGACGCCAGAGUAUUACCAGAAUGGUACGACCAGGCGAAGGUAGGAAUUUUUAUUCAUUGGGGUGUUUAUGCGGUUCCUUCAUUCGGAUCUGAAUGGUUCUGGACGAAUUGGAGAACCAUCAACUCUUCCAGUUACAUUGAUUUUAUGCGGGAUAACUACAAACCUGGCUUUACCUAUCAAGAGUUCGCUAGGGAUUUCACGGGUGAACAUUUCAAUGCAACUGAAUGGGCGGAAUUGUUUGCUCAAAGUGGAGCCAAAUAUGUCGUUCUAACAAGUAAACAUCACGAUGGUUAUGCCUUGUGGCCUUCACGAUACUCGUUCAGUUGGAACUCUGUCGAUAUUGGUCUGCACAGGGAUGUUAUCUCCGAGCUUGCUGAAGCUGUUCGAGCAGAUAAUCGUUUGAGGUUCGGUCUAUAUCAUAGUUUGUUUGAAUGGUACAAUCCGAUGUAUAUUAGCGACAGAAGUAGUGACUUCGCACAAAAUGAAUUCGUGGAAAAGAAGAUCUUGCCGGAAUUAAAAGAGCUGGUAAUGACCUACAAACCGGAAGUGAUAUGGUCGGAUGGAGAAUGGGAAGCCUCUUACAAAUAUUGGAAUUCUACCGAUUUUCUUGCUUGGUUGUAUAACGACAGUCCAGUUGCGGACACGGUUGUUUCCAAUGAUAGAUGGGGUCAUGAGACGCUGUGUAAUCAUGGCGGUUUUUUCACCUGUCAAGAUCGUUUCAAUCCAGGUGUUUUGCAACCUCAUAAAUGGGAGAAUGCAAUGACCUUAGAUAAGCGUAGUUGGGGACACAGAAACAAUGCAAAAUUGGAGGAUUUCUUAACGUCCGAAGAGUUGAUUGAUCUGCUUGUGAUAACAGUCAGCUGCGGAGGAAAUAUUCUCGUUAAUGUUGGACCGGACAAGACGGGUAUCAUUCAACCAAUAUUUGCCGAACGACUACGAGACAUGGGAAAAUGGCUGUCUGUGAAUGGUCAAGCGAUCUACCAGUCGCAGCCUUGGAUUUAUCAAAAUGAUACAAGAACACCCGAUGUCUGGUACACGUCAACCUCCACACCAGGGGCUCAGAGGAUGAACGUGUAUGCGAUUGUGUUGGAAUAUCCAUUUGAUACAGAGAAUGUGGAAUUAUUUUCGCUGUUUGGUAGUACAGAUGAAAGCACAGUGAUUAGUUUGUUGGGAUAUCCUCAUGCGUUGGAGUGGGAAACGACCAGCAAUUCGGUGAUUAUUACCUUCCCCAACAAGGCUCAGUUGGACAAAAGAGGUUUGAAUCUGGCCUGGACUUUAAAAAUAGACAUUCCAGCGCCGUGAGAUUGGGUUAAGUGGAAUAACUUAAUGUCUUUUUACCAAAUUUUAUCGAUAAUUUUCAAAUAAAAAUUUCUUGUGCAGACUACCGUC